UUCAAAGCUUCAUUACCACAACUCUUAAUCCUUGACAUGGAAUGACUAAGGUUCAUUAGUUUGUUUCAGUGAACCAAGAUGCGGUACUCUUCCAACUAGAAACACUUUUAAAUGUGACGGUGUUUUCGUAAUUAAUUAGGACGAUGUUAGAGAUCCUUUUAUCCCCUGGCUCUCUUAGCUGGGGGAGAGGGCUUUUGUGCAUUUUUUCUGCAUUCGUUGUUGGACUUAGUGGUGUAGUCCCGCUUCUAUUUCUCCCACUAGAUAGCAUUUGUUCUAGAACAGAUGUCAUUUCUCUCAAUAGGUGGCUUAGUUAUGCUACUGGAAGUCUUCUUGGUGAAGUUUUUAUCCAUCUUCUGCCAGAAUCCUGGAUUAACAGUGACAUCGAAACAUUUCAGAUUCCUGGAUUUUGGAUACUCAGUGGACUUCUGUUGUUUUUUAUUAUCGAGAAGUUAUGUAUUAAUGAUUCUACUGAAAAAGAGGUCGAAGGUUAUCUCAAUCUUGCUGCCAAUAUAAUUGAUAACUUUACUCACGGUGUGGCUAUUGCUGGAAGUUAUCUUGUAUCUCUUCGUUUAGGGAUUUUGACGACUACCUGCAUAUUAGUCCAUGAAGUUCCUCAUGAAAUGGCUGAUUUUGUAAUUUUACUCCGAAGUGGGUUCAGUCGGUGGGAAGCUGCUAAAGCUCAAUUAGCUACAGCAUCUGGAUCUACUUUAGGUGCCAUUCUAACACUUUGUGCUAAUGCUUCAGUAACCGGUUGUACAACAAAAUGGAUACUUCCAUUUACUGCCGGUGGCUUUCUAUACAUUGCAUUGGUUUCUCUUCUGCCUGAUAUUUUAAAAGAAUUAUCAUUUAAGGAAUCAAUUAUUCAUUUAACUCUUAUGUUUUUUGGUUUAACUUCAAUGGCAAUUGUCUCAUAUGCAAUGGAUUGAAUUGAUAAAUAUUAUGAUCAGAAUCAAAAUAACAACAACAACAACCAUGUUACAUAAUGAGAUAUACACAGAUUUGUAAAGAAAAAAAUGAUCAUCGAUCGUUGAAAACAGAACACCUAAAAGAUUAUCUAAUUUCUUAUAUCCGGUUGUCAUUAUACCCCAGUCUCAUUCUCACCUUAUUUGCCUUCUCUUAUUUAUCCCGUUAAUGUAUAUGUAUAAACAUAAUAUGUCUUAUUGUUAUGAUAAUGAUGAGAAAUCUAGAAAAAGAUCUCUAUGAAACAAGUAUUCGCCAUUAUUCAUCCUCUUUUUCUCUAUUGUGAGUUUCUUUCUUUCUUUUUCUAUAUAUAUGUAAUCUGAUCUAUUCAUUGUUAAAUCCAGUGAUAAUAAUAUACCAUUAUAUGUCAUGCAUAGUUGAUAGAAAAGAAGCAAAAAUUUUCUUUUACAAAAUCUUUUACUAUAUUAAAUCUAUUAUUGAAUAUUGUACAAGUUGUAUUGUUUUAAACAGUAAACAACUAAAAUUUUAAUUGUGUUGUAUAGUGUAAUAAGCUAAACUUGGAUUACUAUUAUUAUUAUUAUUAUCAUUAUUAUUACUAUUAAGCGUAUAUUCUUUUGAUUUCAAACCAUCCAAUGAGUACUUUUUAUUCAAUUUGACAUUGACAUUGAUUAUGUAUCAUCUAAUUUAUAAUUUAAUGAUAUUAAUUAAUAUAAGAGUAAUUAUUCUUUAUUAUUAAUUUUACAUACUGGUGAAUAGUAACUGAUGGAGAAGAUUGAGAAUGAAUCGAAUCAUUUCUUUUCUCUUUUUUUCUUUUCUUUAUGAAAUUAGUUGUUUGUAGAAAAACAACUUCAGUUUUUCCACUUACUCUAAUCUUAUCAAUUUAUCAGUUUUUUAUGAAGUGCCAAAUGCCUGAAAGCUUAACAUACUGUUGUUGUUAACUUAGAUAUAUAUGAUUUCGUUAUUUUGCUUUUGUUUGUUCAGACAAGAUAAAAUAAACAUCAUAAUCCUGAAUGUGUUCAAUAUGAACAUGUGAAAUAAGAAAGAUCCAUUCAACUUGUACAAACAAUUUAACUAACCUAUUGCAGCAUUAACAUAUUUUUUGUAUGCUGAUUAGUUGUCAUCCAGGAGUUUAUGAGAAAAAAAACUCAUUAAAUUUCACUCUUAUUCUACGCUUCAUUUGCCUUCGAUAAAGUAUACCAUUUCUAUUCAAUUUAGAUUGAUUUGUUUGAUCACAAUACCUAAUAACAUGUUUAAAAGAUUAUAUAUAUAGUAGUAGUAUCCUAAUGAGUAGAAAAUUGCAUUACUAACGUCUUGUAAUUGAAUGUAAAUCAUUUCUUCAAAAUAAAUUUUAUUAAUAACUAAUUUUCAAUAUGACACAUUUUCUAAGUACAUCUUUAAAUAUAAUCUGCUUUUGUUUAGAGGUUCGUGUUACUAUCCGAUUGUCUAAGUGAAAGUAGAUGGAAUAGGGUUCGAGUCUGAGGAAUGAUGAUGAUGGUUUUAAAACAAUCGACCCAGUUUUAUAAAGGGUUUAUAGGUCAGAAAACUGACACUUGGUUAUAAAUAAGUUCAGUCAUUUUAAUACGAAAUUUGAAAAGGAUACACUAAAUUUCAUUAUCAUUCUAAUCUACUUCAAAAUAACACUUCAGGUAAAUAUUGAUCACCAUUUUACACAAUAGUAAUUUCCGAAACAUCGUUACAAUGAAUUCACUACAUAGCAAACUAGACAGAUAGUAAGCAUAGUUCGAUGUGCCCUUAGUAAUAUCAAACCGAAAAAUCAAUGAAAUUUAAAGGUUUAAGAAGUUACUUUUUUUUCAAUCUUUCUCUUAAGGACGAAAAUAUUGUUCAAAGGUCAACUGAAUUCUCGCUUUAUAUUCUUACAUGCAUCUUGAUAUAUACAUACAUAUUUUUUUUACUAUAUUAUCGUUUGUAUCCUUAUAGCAUGUCACCUAUCAGCUUUAAACCUUUGAAAAAAGUAAACACAUUGUACCAAGUCUAAUCAUUGAUUUUAUAUUUGAUUUCUUUUAUAAUUGAUAAGAAAACUAGUAUUUCCCGCUAUGUUAAUGUCACGUGUGGCAACUUAGACAGAUACAUAAUUAUACUGCGUCCUAGAUGCUGCCCAAUAAACAUUUUUAGGUUUUCUUACUAAUAUCAUAUAAAGGAUUUUUUAACAACUGAUUCAGAAAAUUUCCUGUUUACCUGUAACUAUCUCACUAGUCUCUGAACCUACGUUGACAACUAACUGGUUGACUUUCUCAGUAAGAAUAGCAUCACUCGAAUUUCUGUUUUAUUAUUUACUAGGGAUAACUUAGUAGGUAUUUUGAACUCGUUUUACACCUCUUAAAGGUGCACCAUCAUUAUUCGAUACAGGAUCGAACUUUCGAGUCUCGUUGUAGGCAUAAUGCUUUUAGAUAUAUUACUGAUUAUUGUUCAGAAUGGUUUCACGACUAUUCAAAUGGAUACCUCAGAACCAAGAACAAUCUCGACCAAACAACACUAUUUUCUCAAUGUGUCUGCUUUCGUUUUCCGUUCAUCAUCUUGGUAAUUAAUGUGGUCAUAAACAAAAGAAUUAAUUUCACUUAUUAAGCAUGAUACUACCCAGUAUGCAUGAUAUUUGUCCAAUCUCUUUUUGACUUCAAUGUUAUUUCAUUUUAAAUGGAUAAUAUUUUAGUAAUUUAUAUUAGAAUGCAUACAACUAAUCGAUAUGGUACUGUCAUCUUUGCCAUUUAGUUUCAUACUGAUUUAUCUACUUCUGGUUUAUGACAACCGAUUACUUUCUUAACCAUUUUAACUUUAUAGACUAUAUCCAUAUAAUGGGUAUUUUCUAAAUAUAACAGUCCAAGGGAAAUCGAAAAAUAAUUACUUGUAUUUUGAAUUACAAGGUACUGAAUUCAAGUCAUAAUGUAAACAUUAACAAUGAGAUGUACAUCCAUUCGACUGACCAGUCCCAAAUGGGUCGAGAUACACAUCUUGGACUCCCUUGUUUGUCACAGUCUGUUUUUCAUAUUCAAUUCCUUAUGUUUAUCUUUCUACUACAAAAUAAUUAGAUGGUGGUUGGAGGUAGUCA